AGUGAGUUCCGAUUAAUGUGAUCACUGGUUGAUAGAAUCAACCUUUUAUUAGAAUCAAAAAUGAAAAUUUCAAACCAAAUCGUAUAAUAUGUAGUUUACAUAAUGUCGUAAAUGUUUUAUAGAAUCAACCAGUCGAUAGAAUCAAAAUGACCUGUACCAAAGUGAUCACGGCGGAACUCACAGUUACACGAUGAUGAAAAUAAUAAAUUUAAAUUCCAUAAAAUAGAAUUUUCCAACUUCUUAAGUACUUAGGUUUAUAAAUUAAAUACAUAAAGAUAAACAAACUGUUAGCAUUACCUUGGGCGACACUAGUACGUUCGUCUUUAUAUCGCUUGUCCAGACUCGGCGGCAUUUAGUAGCUUCGUUGUUUACGUUGUGACCGUGUGGCGGCGCGUGUGGCCGCUGUGGUUUUUUUGUUAUGAUUCCGCCGUUAUCAAUUAUCAUUGCUUUAGAAGCGUUUGAACGUUGUAAGUAGUUGAUGUUAUUUUAUUCUUGAUUUAAUUAUACAAAGUUGUAUCAUAACCACUGACAACAAUUUACGUACAAUUUUACACUUUUUCUCAGCAUGUCCAAUUUUUAAACAUAUAAUAUAUGGUAGGUACCUAUAUGAAUAAGAACAAAUGAAAUAAAAAUCGUUUUUCAUGUUUUGUUUUGCUCGUUGAUUUAUAAAACCGAAUUUAAUAAUAACAAUUAACAGCAAGUUGUAUUUAUUUUUAAAAUAAUAUUAAGUUGUUAAAUUUAAUAAUAUCAUGGUACCUACACUAUUAUAUUUCCAAUAUUUUGUAUGAUAUGAUUGUUUUUGAAUGUUGGGUCACAAAUGUGAGGAUAUUACGAUUAUUCACGAACACUGGAACGAUUGAACCUAUCGAAUUUUGAACGAGAAGUAUUGAUCUUACAAUAAAGUUUUUUAUUACUUGGCAGUUAUAAAAAAAAUUAGAUAUUGAAGGUCAUUUCUAGUCACAAGUUGGAGCUGAUUUGAACUUAAGAAUGAAUUCCACUGCUGAAACUGAUGUUAAGCAAUGGGCUGUAUCAUUGGAACUUUUAAUGGAUGAUGCAAUCGGUCUUCAAGAGUUUACGAAAUAUCUUCAAAAAGAAUAUUCUCUUGAAAACAUACAAUUUUGGUUGGCAGUUAAAGAUUUUAAAGAGAAAAAAGAGUUAGAAAUUCUACAAGUAUCAAAACAAAUAUACGAUGAAUUUCUGUCUCCUGGUGCUCCGUGUGAAAUUAACAUAGAUGGUAAAACAAAACAAAAAAUACUUGAAAACAUGAAAUCUCCAUCAAGAUUUAUGUUUGAUGAUGCCGCAGAACAUGUUUACACAUUACUUUUAAAAAAAGAUAGCUAUCCUAGAUUCAUUCGUUCAGAACAUUACAAAGACUUGCUUGUUAAUGGAGUUCAACCUUUAAAUAAACAGAGUGAUAGAUCACCAAAUGGGAUUACCAAAGAACGCGUGGUGGACGAAAUGUGUGAAUUCUUGAAGGUGCCCAAGCGUGGUAAACGGGAGCGUCAUCGUCAAUCCACAUCAUCUACCCAGACGUACCACUCGUCGUACGAAUCAUCUAGUUCAGACGAUGACAGUCGUUCUCAUUCGGUGACUGGACGACUGAGGCGUAGCUGCUGUCUAGGUGACAAGUGGUACCGUGGGUCUUCGGCUUCACGCCCGCCAUCAUCACCACAAAAUACCGGAGGGUCAAAGAAGUUGGAGGAAAAGAAUCAUUUAUCAUCAUCGUGGUCAUCUCUGGAUACAACUGUUAAGCCCAACAGUACGAAGCUUUCGAAAGUAUUGUCAUUGACAAAGAAAUGCGUGACGCCGAUGGUUAAGGUGAUGGGUGUAAGUGAUAACGUGGCACAAGAAUCUCAAAGUGUUGAGGAUAAUAAAGACAUAAAAUACAGUAGUAAUAUCACAGUUAGUGGUCCAAGCAACUGUUCUGUAGUGGUGGAGCUGAAUGUGGUGGCCAAGAAAUGAUCCCUGAACCUUACUUUUCUUCUAAAAACUAACGGCUAAAUAGUAUUUUCUCGUGCUUUUCUAUAGUUACACUUCUUCUAAUUUUUGGUAGACAAAUUGUUGAUAGACAGUAUGUUUUAUUUAUAGGUGAUAGUCGGAGUCAUCCCUUUAUAUAGGUAUCGAUAAGUAUCAUUAAGUGUUUUUUCUUACUUAUUCCUUAUUAGGCAAGUCUUAUUCCCAUACCGAGAAAUGCAAUGAUAAUUCUGUUAUUCGCAUUGUACUUGACCGUACUCGACAUUAAGUACUUAAUAUAUAUUUUUAAUUUUAGAUUGUUCCUGGUUUGUAUCUUUAUUCUUGUUUUAAAAAGACGUCAUAUCCUCAUGUAUUGUUUCCGUCUUACUUUUGUACAAUAUAGCAAAUUUGAGUUAAUAUUAGCUUUACCUAAUAUUAAUACUAAUAUCAAUUAACCGAUUAUCAAACUUAAAGAUAAGAUUAUAGGGAAUCAUGUAGGCUUUUUUCGUUUUCUUACAUUUAAGUUUGUUGUAGAUAAAUUAAUUCUAAUAUUAAAGCUAACAGUAUAAAUAAUUUCUACUGAACAUAAAUUUGUUACGAUGUUUGUUAGUAAGACGGAAAAAGCAUUUGAGGAUACGAGAUCCUUUUAACAUCAUGUUCUUUAAAUGUUAGUACUUUAUUUAAUGUUAUUCUGAAAUAUAAUAGGUUAGAUUAGGAUCGUAUGCUACCAACCCAUUUUAUUCUCUUCCUUUCAUCUCUGUUUUUGAAGUGAAAAUAGCACGUUUGUGUCUUGUUUGAGUUUGAUUUUAGGUAGUUAUUAGUAUAAUAUUUGUUCAUAGAUUCUAGUGGUCACUCUUAUUCUUAUAUUUAGUCAAAAAUAAAUCUUAAGAUGCAAUUGUCUGGUCAUCUAAACAUACUAGGAAGAUUUUUUCCUGUUUCUACAGUUUUAUUCUUCUAACUAUGUUUAGUUUCGAUGAUAUAUGUAUAUUAGGCAUGUAUGAUCGUAAUUUAAGUUGUGUAUAUUUAAACUUUUAGUCCAUAUUUUAUACAUUUAAUUAAUUAUUUGGUCGUGGUAAAAAUUGUGAGCAACCAUUUUCGUGUUAGAUUUUCAUACAUGAUACGCUUUUAAGUUGUAAUAUUUUAAUUAAUAAAAUAAUAUAAAAUAUAAAUUUUUAUUGUCUGUGAAGUUGGACAGUCGACAACAUUAGUAUAAUAUUCUAAUCUAAAAAUCUAAGAAAAAAAAAUUAUACUACCAAAAUACGUUGUAUGAUUACUAAAACUUUUAUUUUAUUUUUGUUUUUUAUAAAACAAAAAUAUAAAGGACCGAUCUUUUUGUCUUUUAUAUGAAUAAAAUAUAUGAUACUACAGUAAUAUGCUCAAACAAAUGAUUAAACUGUGCUCAACAAAAUUUAUUUAACCAUCUCUGAGUUAAGAAACAUUUAUCCAAAAGAUUAAUAAAAAUUUCAGAAACAUUCGUUUUUAAGUUAUUACAAACUUUAAUUUAAGGUUAUAUUAUGUUUUAUAUGUUAUAUUUCUUCAAUCUUAAUUUUUAAUACAUAUUACCUCUCUAUUCUUAAAUUUUUUAAUAC